AUGUUCCCUAACACUUCUAUUGUGACGGGCUCGGUCGCCCUGGGAUUGGUCGGUCUUGAUAGUGUCAAAGCUAUUAAGAGCAUUGCCGAUCGCAUUCUCCGGCGCCAAUAUGAUGAAGCUAGUCUAGCCAUUACUGCUUACCGCGAUGAAGAUGGCGAGGCGACUGAGGAGUCUCUGCGCGCCUUUUCAGAUAAAUGGCAGCGUGUCUCCAUCGCACUAUUCUCGUUAACUGGUCUGUCAACCUCAUUGGCUCUGUCAAUUCUUACAACUAUAAGCAGCGAUCUGAAUGAUCCGCUGGCUAAUUGGCUACAAUUUGCAAUUUGGGUCUUGCUCUCAAUCCAAGGCAUUGCCUUCUUCGCCGAACCGCGUCCAACCACCCGAUAUCGACUGGGUCAAUUCGCCUUCGCCGGAAGCAUUAUCUCUAUCGCAGUAGCGGCCUUUCAAAUCCAACAAGCAUGGGUUUCUCAAUUUUCUCUUCUCCAGAACCGUAUCUGGGUUGGCCUCGUCGGCGCGAACAUCGGCAGUGCUUUGCUGCGCGCUAUAUUCAGUAUUCUUCUACCGCGUCGCCCAAAUGUCUACUUCGAGGGUCAGGCUGUAGAUCAAGAGCAGACUGUUUCAACUGCUGGCCUCUACUCCUUCGUGUGGGCUUCUGAUAUGCUUAACUUCACUAUCAAAAAGAAAAAUCUGGAGUUGACCGAUUUGCCCAAGAUGCCAGCUGACAAGCGUGCACACCGUUUGCGCGAGAACUUUGAACGCGCGAAAGGAAAUAAAAAAAUUUGGAAGGGGCUUAUGAUGGCGCACUGGCGCAUUUUCGUGAUCCAGCUUUGUAUGGUUUCGAUCAUGGCGUUCCUUACAUUUGGCCCGCAAGUUGCGCUUUUCAAUAUCCUUGACUCCCUAGAGGGUCGGGGAACUGAGGGAUGGUCUCCUCAACGAUCAUGGGUUUGGGUCAUCGCGCUAGGAUUCUUCAUGGCCCUGUUCUCAUUCAUCGAGGCAUGGCUCUUCUGGUCUGUUUGUUCCAGGCUCGGGAUUCCCAUUUACGCGGAACUCACGGCUCUUGUGUUCGCCAAAUCGAUGCGCCGAAAGGAUGCCAAGGAUGCCAAAAAGUCCAAGGAAAAUGAAGAUGCACAAGCUUCUGCGAAGGCCUUACUACCUGAAGACAAGAAAGAGGAGGAGGAUGAGGAGGAAGACAUGAAGAAGAGUCGCCAGAGUAUUGUCAACCUUGCUGCCGUGGAUGCCCGCCGUAUUUCCGAUGUCACCUCUUUUCUCUACUUGAUUCCAAGUGCAACUUUCAAGCUCCUCAUUGGAUGCGCUUUCCUGAUCCGAGUUCUCGGAUGGCAAAGCGCUCUGGCGGGCCUCUCGGUUGCUAUUCUGAUUGCGCCGAUCAAUAUUGCUGUAACAAAGCGAUACACAAGCGCGCAAGACAAACUCAUGAAACUUCGGGAUCAGAAAAUGGCCAUUGUGACUGAGGUCCUCCAGGGUAUUCGCCAAGUGAAAUUCUCUGCCUUGGAGGGACAAUGGCAGAAGAAGAUCGGACUGGUCCGAGAGAACGAGCUGGGGGCACUGUGGAUUUCCUUCUACUAUGAUGUAUUCCUCAUGGCUAUUUGGAUUCUUGGUCCUAUUGCUUUCUCAUGCGUAUCCUUGACAGUCUACGCCAUUAUCCACGGCGAACUAUCUGCCUCGGUUGCUUUCACAGCCAUGUCUGUUUUCGGUUCUCUGGAGAUGGCACUCGCCAUUUUACCGGAGAUCAUCACCAACCUCCUAGAAGCUAUUGUCAGUGCGGACCGUAUUGACGAGUACAUGACCGCCUCGGAGAAAGUCGUCAACACUGUCCCUGGAGAAAGUAUCUCCUUUGAAGAUGCCUCGGUGGCAUGGCCCGCAGAACAUCACCCUGGAGAGAAAGAAGAAGAUGAGGAGCGAUUCCUCCUGCGUGAUCUGAAUUUCAACUUGCCCAAAAAGGGUCUUAGUGUGAUAUCUGGUCGUACUGGAUCUGGAAAGAGUCUCCUUCUGGCUUCCAUCCUGGGAGAAUGUGAUGUUUUGGAAGGUAAUGUGACAGUGCCUGUUCCACCCGCCCUAAAAGAUCGCUUCGAUCACUUGGCUACAAGUGCAAACUGGAUCAUCGACGAUGCGAUUGCGUAUGUUGCCCAGAUCCCUUGGAUUGAAAAUGCAACUAUCAAAGAGAACAUUCUAUUUGGAUUACCGUAUAAUGAGUCACGUUACCGAAAAGUGCUAUUUGCAUGUGCUCUGGAAAAAGAUUUGGAGAUGCUCCCUGAUGGUGAACUGACUGAUAUUGGUGCGAAUGGUGUCAAUCUCAGUGGUGGUCAACGCUGGCGUGUGUCGUUCGCCCGUGCGUUGUACUCUAGGGCUGGCAUUCUCAUCAUGGAUGACAUUUUCAGUGCUCUGGAUGCACACACUGGUCGACAUGUCUACGAACACGCCCUGACAGGCGAACUUGGUCGAGGUCGCACACGUGUUCUGGUUACUCAUCACGUUGCCCUUUGUCUUCCCCUGACAGAUUAUUCUGUGCUCUUGGAGAAUGGCCGUGUGAAAUACGCUGGCACAAUUGAUGACCUUCGGAAAUCCAACCACCUGGAUGACAUUCUUCGCGAGGAGCAAGCUGCAGAAGAACUGGACAAAAAAAUUCCUGACGAUCAAAAAGACGCAAAUGAUGUUGAUGGAGGGACACUUCAAAAGGUCAUCUCGAACACGCCACACCAACGCCAAAGCGACGCAACCAAUGGAAACUCCACUGCACCAACUAAAGAUACUCCCAAAAAAUUCAUCAAAGACGAGACAAAAGAAAAGGGGUCCGUUCGACUCGCUGUGUACAAAACUUAUUUCGGCAUGGGUGGCCGUCCUCUUGCCUGGGUUUUGACAGUCUCCAUCUACGUUGCCUAUGCCAUAUUGAUGGUUGGACGUUCAUGGUGGAUCAGCGUCUGGACUGGCUCAUCCGCCAACACGCAUGCCAAUCCCGAGACAAACCAAGCAAUGCUUCAAUACUCUAUGAUGCAGCCUAAUAUGGCUACUACAAGACAGAGUGAUGGCCAACUCGGCAUGUACCUCGGUAUCUACAUGGGGAUCUCCGUUGUGGCAUGUUUGAUCGGAACUUUUCGAUACUUUUUUAUCCUAUCCGCAAGCAUUCGCGCCUCGAGAAACCUGUUUGACUCUCUGGUUUUUGCUGUGUUGCGUGCUCCGCUGCGCUGGCUGGAUACCGUCCCGUUGGGCCGAAUCCUUAACAGAUUCACGGGAGACUUCCACGUUAUCGAUUCGCGAUUGGGCUACGAAAUGGGUUUCCUAUUGGCAGAGACAUUGGAAGUAUUUGGCAUUAUCCUUGCAGGCAUCCUUGUCUCUCCGCUUGUUCUUAUACUUGCGGCUGGUCUUCUUCUGAUCUGCCUCAAGCUGUCUUUGACCUUCCUCACUGGUGCUCGUGAAGCCAAGCGCCUAGAAAGUACCGCGAAGAGUCCCGUCUUGGAGCAGUUUGGAUCUAGCUUGGCUGGAUUAGUUACCAUUCGCGCCUUCAGCAAGAGUGGCGCUUUCAUGGAUAUCAUGUACAGCAAGAUCAAUGCCCAUGCUCAGUCUUGGUGGACGGUAUGGCUGUUCAACCGCUGGCUGGGAAUUCGCAUGAACGUUGUUGGUGCGGUCUUUUCGACUCUCACUGCAGCACUGGUAAUCUCUCUUCCUGGCAUGUCGGCCUCCAUGGCAGGUUUUGCUUUGAGUUUUGCCUUGCAAUGCAAUACGGCAAUUGCAUUUGCGCUGCGACAAUACUCCAACAUUGAGCUUAACAUGAACGCUACUGAACGAGUGAUUGAGUACUCCAAUAUCGAGCUUGAGAAUCAAGGUGGUGUGGAUGCACCUGCUGCUUGGCCUACCGAGGGACGCCUGGAGGUUGAUGACCUAGUUGUGGGCUAUGCACCUGAUCUUCCACCUGUACUCAACGGGCUCAGUUUCACCGUCGAAAAGAACCAGCGAGUGGGUGUGGUUGGUCGUACAGGUGCCGGUAAAUCAUCUCUCACCUUGGCGCUCUUCCGCUUCCUCGAGGCCCGCCGGGGCAUGAUCUCCAUCGAUGGUCUGGAUGUUUCCAAGAUCAAGCUGCACGAUCUCCGCAGCCGACUUGCUAUCAUUCCCCAAGAUCCUGUCCUCUUCUCUGGCACAGUGCGAACCAAUCUGGAUCCCUUCGAUGAGUACAGUGACACUGAACUGAACGAUGCCCUAGCUCGUGUUCACCUGGUUUCUUCGUCGGAUAAUGAGGCGACUCUUACCUCCCAGAAUGCAUCAGGCAGCUCUACGCCGGACACCGCUACUGUCACGGUCCAAGCAAACAAUUCGAAUGUCUUCUCGUCAUUGUCAGCACCUAUCUCGGAGGGCGGUCUCAAUCUCUCACAGGGUCAGCGGCAGCUCCUCUGUCUCGCCCGUGCCAUUGUCGCUCGCCCCAAGAUCAUGGUCCUAGAUGAGGCUACCUCGGCGGUGGACAUGGAGACCGAUGCACUGAUUCAGCAAUCUAUUCGAGCUGAAUUUGGCCGCAAUGCGACUACCCUGCUGGUCAUUGCGCAUCGUUUGAGCACCAUUGCAGACUUUGAUCGGAUUCUAGUGCUGGAUGCUGGCAAAGCAGUCGAGUUUGCUUCACCCCAGGAAUUGAUGGGCAUUGAGAACGGAGUGUUCAAGAGUCUGGUGGAGAACAGCGGCGAGAAGGCCGUUCUAGAAAAGAUGAUUUUUGGCUAG